ACUCUUUUCACUCUCUGUCGCUCUAAAUUAUCGCCGUCACACACACACUCUCGAUAUUCGGCAAUUUUAAUCGUCGAUUUAGAGCUAAAUUCGCAAACCCUUCCCUGUUCUUCAUACUUUCGGCGAAAUUUGGCAAAAUUACAAUUUCAAUCAGUGGAAAUGGUUGGAUAUGCGAUAAGUCUGAAAAAGAAGAAGAAGAAGGCACCGGAGUGGGUAGGACCAUUACUGAAGAGCAAGUUUUUUGGUUCAUGUGUAAUUCAUCAAGAACUCCGCAAAAAUGAGAAGAAUCUGUUCUGCAUCGACUGUAACCGUUGUAUCUGCCAGCACUGCCUCUCCUCUUCUGCUCACUAUCUUCAUGUGCUGCUUCAGAUCCGUAGAUAUGUCUACCAUGACGUUGUUCGCCUUCAUGAUAUGCAGAAGCACAUAGAUUGUUCCAAAGUCCAGACUUAUCUGAUAAAUCAGGCAAAAGUCAUAUUUCUGAAUCCUCGUCCCCAACUGAAACCGUCGAAGACGAACAGCGGCGCAGCUUGUGAAGUUUGUGAGAGAAGCUUACAAGAGCCUAACCGAUACUGCUCUGUCGCUUGCAAGAUUUCAGGAGUUGCAGAGAAAGGGAGGAGAGAUCAUCCAUUUAUGCCGUUUAAAAUUCCAGAAUUUGAUGAUUUCCCCAUGAAAGAAAAUCAAGAUGAAGACUCUGUGGUGGAAUCAAGUGAGGAGAAGGAGAAUUGUCCACCCAGUUCUAGUCCAGCAUUGAAGCCAAAGAAGCAAUUGCGCAAGAGAAAAGGAAUUCCUCGCAGAGCUCCCCUGUGCUGACUUGUUCUCAACUUGCACAUUCAAUCUCUCUCUCUCUCUCUCUCUCUCUCUCUCUCUCUCUGUGCAUUGUUUAGAAGAUAUUAUUAUUAUUAUUAUUAUUAUUA